GCUUACGUGCUUACUUCAAAGUCGAGCUUGACAGACAUUUUGCUCUCUCAGCUUUUGGUAACGUAACUCAAUAAUAUAUCACCACAUAUGAUAAAGCUUUAUUCAUAAGAUGGGAGAUUGUUGUUUUCGGAAUUUUCUCAAUUAACCGUGUUAAAAUGAGCCGGGCGUUUAACAGAUUUCGCAAUUGGAACAAAGUCUCGCCUAAUUCCCCAAGUAAAGUUUUCUUGGCUUAUGCAGCCGAAAAUGAGAUUACUGUCAUCCCAUGUGAGGAAACAUUUGUUAUCGACAAUCAAGCACAUGAAAAUUACGAGUCUUCAAGUACAGAUGUACAAGAUACUACUGACGUCUCUUCUCACGAAGACACACAUCCUAUUCAAUUACCAAGCCACGAAUCAAAUGAGGCACAACAGAAAAACAAAACAUUUGCUGUGCCAAUAGAAUUCAUCACUAAACCGUUUGACUUUAAGCAUCCGCUGAUGAUUUGUUGGUUUUAUAAUGAUAACAAAGAUAAUGAAGUUGUUAAGAACAUAAUCACUGGCUUAGAUUCGUGUUUUACAAAUACACGCUAUCAUUCCGAAACAGAAAUUUCUCAAACGCCGAUUUCUGUUACACUUGACAAAGAAAUGUUGCAAUGGGCAUUUUUCGGUAAGAUCAGCAGUAAUGACAAACAACUCAUCGAGCGUCUACUAAAUUCAGGCAUUUCAGUGUUAUACCCAAAGAUUGAGCUGGCAUUUGACACAGUGGUAAAUCUUGGAUGA